AUGUCCUCGAUGCGCAACGCCGUCGCUCGGCGGCCUCACCGCGAACGAGCGCAGCCUGGGAACCGUGAGAAAUGGGGCAUCCUCGAGAAACACAAGGACUACUCGCUCCGAGCACAAGACUACAAUGUCAAGAAGAAGAAACUCUCACAACUAUCCCAAAAAGCGCGAGAGCGGAACCCAGAUGAGUUCGCCUUUGGCAUGCUAAGCCAGGGCAAGGCUGGGCUAGGGAAACACAAGGCCUCGGCCAAGGGUGACGGAACAUCUGCCGGGGCUCCAUUGAGUCACGAUGCGGUCAAGCUGCUAAAGACCCAGGAUGCAGGGUACUUGAGAACGGUGGUGGCAAAAGGCAGGAGAGAGAUCGAGAGACUCCAGCAAGAGGUUGUGCUGGAUGCGGUUACUCUGGGCUCGAGGCCCGGCAACAAGCAGCAGCACAAGAGGUUCGACGACGAGGAGAACCACAGGCAGGAUGUCUCUGCGGCUGCGAAGGGGAAGAAGCGUACAUCGACUGGCGAGGUUGUAACACCCGGUCUAGUCACAGCGGCCUUGGUCGACGAAGAGAGCACGAAUACGGUCGAGGCGAACUCUCAUCUGGAAGGAGACGACGAACAGAGCCUGGUCGGAAAAACCAAACCCAAGUCCAAGAAAGCCCUGUUAGCGGAGCAAGACGCUGCAGCACGUCUGCGGACCGCGCGCAAGAAGAGACAACGUCUGCAAGAGAUGAGGGUGGCCAAGUUAGAGGCGUUGAGGAAGAGGCAGCGCGAGAUUUUGGCUGCGGCGGACCAGUUGGAUUUGCAACGUUCCAAAAUGGCCGGGACGGUAGGAGGAGUCAACAAGAACGGUCUCAAGUUCAAGAUUCGAGAGCGGAAGAAGUAG